UUUGGUGGAUUUUAAUGUUGACAGUUUUUGUUGGAGCUGAUGAUAUCUCUGAAGUGGAAACAGAGUCAUCGUUAAACCCAAGCAACUACGCCUUUUCAUUUGAAACUGAAAACGGACAGGUGCGAGAUGAAAGUAUAGAAGUAGAUCCUGACUCAAAUCCAAAAUCAGUACAACCGGAAGCUGAUUUGAAUGUUAAAGGAAGUUAUAGUUUCAUUUCCGCAGAUGGCUACGAGUACACUACUUAUUAUAAAGCCGGCAAGAAUGGUUACCAGCCAUAUGUGACAGCUCAUAAACUAAAGACGGAAAAGAAUUAAAUGUUUAAGGCUUUUAAAGCCUGUGUGAAGUUGUGAUUGCUUAGUUUUUUUUUUUUAUAUUUUGUAUUAUUUUAAUCAGAUAAAUUUUAAUAUUAUUGUGUGAGUUCAUCUUUGGAGAAGCCUGAA